AUGUCUCAUCGGAGUGGGCAAGAGGACCCAGAGCGGUACCUGUUUGUGGACCGGGCUGUAGUCUACAACCCGGCCACACAGGCCGACUGGACGGCCAAGAAACUGGUGUGGGUCCCCUCGGAACGCCAUGGCUUUGAGGCGGCCAGCAUCCGGGAGGAGCGUGGUGAGGAGGUGCUGGUGGAACUGGCGGAGAACGGUAAGAAGGUGGUGAUCAACAAGGAUGACAUCCAGAAGAUGAACCCGCCCAAGUUCAGCAAGGUGGAAGACAUGGCCGAGCUCACCUGCCUGAAUGAGGCGUCUGUGUUGCACAACCUGAAGGACCGCUACUACUCGGGACUCAUAUACACAUACAGUGGCCUGUUCUGUGUGGUUAUCAACCCCUACAAGAACCUGCCCAUCUAUUCAGAGAACAUCAUUGAGAUGUACAGAGGAAAGAAGAGGCACGAGAUGCCUCCGCACAUCUAUGCCAUCUCUGAGUCAGCAUACCGCUGCAUGCUUCAAGAUCGUGAGGACCAAUCAAUCCUUUGCACAGGUGAAUCAGGCGCUGGCAAGACCGAGAACACGAAGAAGGUCAUCCAGUACCUGGCCCACGUUGCCUCCUCACACAAAGGACGCAAAGACCACAACAUUCCUCCCGAAUCUCCCAAAGCAUUCAAGCUCCAGGGUGAGUUGGAACGCCAGCUCCUGCAAGCCAACCCCAUCCUUGAAUCUUUUGGCAAUGCCAAGACAGUGAAAAAUGACAACUCAUCUCGCUUUGGGAAGUUCAUCAGAAUCAACUUUGACGUCACAGGCUACAUUGUUGGGGCCAAUAUUGAAACUUACCUUCUGGAAAAGUCGAGGGCCAUCAGACAGGCCAAAGAUGAGAGGACCUUCCACAUUUUCUACCGCCUGCUGGCAGGGGCCGGAGAGCAUCUCCGAACGGACCUGCUCCUCGAAGGCUUUAACAACUACCGUUUCCUGUCAAAUGGUAACAUUCCCAUCCCUGGCCAGCAGGACAAGGAUAAUUUCCAGGAGACAUUGGAUGCCAUGCACAUCAUGAGCUUCUCCCAUGAUGAGAUUGUCUGCAUGUUGAAGGUGGUCUCUGCAGUGCUACAGUUUGGCAACAUUAUCUUCAAGAAGGAGAGAAACACUGAUCAGGCCUCCAUGCCCGAAAACACAGUGGCACAGAAGCUCUGCCACCUGCUUGGAAUGAAUGUUAUGGAGUUCACCAGAGCUAUCCUCACCCCGAGAAUCAAAGUUGGACGGGACUACGUACAGAAGGCACAGACCAAAGAACAGGCUGACUUUGCUGUUGAAGCCCUGGCCAAGGCAACAUAUGAGCGGCUGUUCCGCUGGCUGGUCCACCGCAUCAACAAGGCCCUAGACCGAACCAAACGCCAGGGAGCGUCUUUCAUUGGCAUCCUGGAUAUCGCUGGCUUUGAGAUCUUUGAGCUGAACUCAUUUGAGCAGCUGUGCAUCAACUACACCAACGAGAAACUGCAGCAGCUCUUCAACCACACCAUGUUCAUCCUGGAGCAGGAGGAGUACCAGAGGGAGGGAAUUGAGUGGAGCUUCAUCGACUUCGGCCUGGACCUGCAGCCCUGCAUCGACCUCAUUGAGAGGCCGACUAACCCCCCUGGUAUCCUCGCUCUGCUGGAUGAGGAGUGCUGGUUUCCCAAGGCCACCGACAAGACCUUUAUAGACAAGGUGCUUCAGGAGCAGGGAACACACACCAAGUUUCAGAAGCCGCGUCAGCUCAAGGACAAAGCUGACUUCUGCAUCAUUCACUACGCAGGGAAGGUGGACUAUAAAGCCGAUGAAUGGCUUAUGAAGAACAUGGAUCCCCUGAAUGACAACGUGGCCACGCUGCUGCAUCAGUCAACUGACAAGUUUGUGGCUGAGCUCUGGAAAGACGUCGACCGAAUCGUGGGUCUGGACCAGGUUGCCGGCAUGAAUGAGACAGCGUUUGGUGCCGCCUACAAGACCAAGAAGGGCAUGUUCCGCACUGUGGGACAACUGUACAAGGAGCAGUUAUCUAAGUUGAUGGCCACACUGAGGAACACCAAUCCCAACUUUGUCCGCUGCAUCAUCCCGAACCACGAGAAGAGGGCUGGUAAACUGGACCCCCACCUGGUACUGGACCAGCUGAGGUGCAAUGGUGUGCUUGAGGGGAUUCGUAUCUGUAGACAGGGCUUCCCUAACCGCAUCGUCUUCCAGGAGUUCAGACAGAGGUAUGAGAUCCUCACCCCUAACGCCAUCCCCAAGGGCUUCAUGGAUGGCAAACAGGCCUGUGAGAGAAUGAUUAAAGCCCUGGAGCUGGACGGCAACCUGUUCCGUAUCGGCCAGAGUAAGAUCUUCUUCAGGGCCGGAGUCCUGGCCCACUUGGAGGAGGAGAGGGACCUAAAGAUCACUGACAUCAUAAUUUACUUCCAGGCCGUGUGUCGAGGAUAUCUGGCACGCAAGGCCUUUGCUAAGAAGCAGCAGCAGCUCAGUGCUCUGAAGGUCCUCCAGAGGAACUGCGCUGCCUACUUGAAGCUGCGUCACUGGCAGUGGUGGAGACUCUUCACCAAGGUGAAGCCUCUGCUGCAAGUGACCAGGCAAGAGGAAGAGAUGCAGGCUAAAGACGAGGAGCUGGUCAAGGUGAAGGAGAAGCAGACCAAGGUGGAGGGAGAGCUGGUGGAGAUGGAGAGAAAACACCAGCAGUUAAUGGAGGAGAAGAAUAUCCUGGCUGAGCAGCUGCAGGCAGAGACAGAGCUGUUCGCAGAGGCUGAGGAGAUGAGAGCUCGCCUGGCUUCCAAAAAGCAAGAGCUGGAGGAGAUCCUUCAUGACCUGGAGUCCAGGCUGGAGGAAGAAGAAGAGAGAACCCAGGGCAUGCAGAACGAGAAAAAGAAGAUGCAGGCCCAUAUCCAGGACCUGGAAGAACAGUUGGAUGAGGAGGAGGCUGGAAGGCAGAAGCUGCAGCUGGAGAAAGUGACGGCUGAGGCCAAAAUUAAGAAAUAUGAAGAGGACAUUUUGCUACUAGAAGACCAGAACUCCAAGUUCCUCAAGGAAAAGAAGCUGAUGGAGGACCGAAUCAAUGAGGUGACCUCAGUGCUAGCUGAAGAGGAAGAAAAGGCCAAGAACCUGAGCAAGGUCAAGAACAAGCAGGAGAUGAUGAUAGCCGACCUGGAGGAGAGACUAAAGAAAGAAGAGAAGACCCGUCAGGAGCUAGAGAAGGCUAAGAGGAAGCUGGAUGGGGAGACGACCGACUUCCAAGACCAGAUAGGCGAGCUACAAGCCCAGACAGAGGAGCUGAAAACUCAGCUGAGCAAGAAGGAAGAGGAGCAGCAGAUGAUGCAGACUAGGGGUGAAGACGAGGUUAGCCAGAAAAACAACGCUCUGAAACAGGUGAGGGAGAUGCAGGCCCAGCUGUCUGAGCUGCAGGAGGACCUUGAGUCCGAGAAAGUGGCCAGGAACAAGGCUGAGAAACUCAAGAGGGACUUGAGUGAAGAACUUGAGGCCCUUAAGACCGAACUGGAGGACACCCUUGAUACAACCGCUGCCCAGCAGGAACUUAGGACCAAGCGUGAACAGGAGGUUGCAGAGCUGAAAAAGACGAUUGAGGAUGAGACUAAAAACCACGAAGCUCAGAUCCAGGAGAUGAGACAGAGGCAUUCCACUGCCUUGGAAGAGCUUUCUGAACAGCUGGAACAGGCCAAGAGGUUCAAGGCCAACCUGGAGAAGACCAAGCAGAGCCAGGAGAGUGCCAACAAGGAGCUGGCCAGCGAGGUCAAGAGUCUGCAGCAGGCAAAGACAGAGUCUGAACACAAGAGGAAGAAACUGGAGGCUCAGCUGCAGGAGUCCAUGGCCAGGGUCACUGAGGGAGAGAGAGCCAAGGGAGAACUGUCCGACCGCGCACACAAACUGCAGACUGAGUUGGACAAUGUGUCUGCCAUGCUGGAAGAUGCAGAGAGGAAAGGUAUCAAGAUGACCAAAGAUGUUGCCGGACUAGAAAGUCAGCUACAAGACACACAGGAGCUGCUCCAGGAAGAGACGCGUCAGAAACUAAACCUCAGCAGUCGCAUACGCCAGCUGGAGGAGGAAAAGAACACCCUGCAGGAGCAGCAGGAGGAGGAUGAGGAGGCACGCAAGAAUCUGGAGAAACAGAUGUUGACCCUACAGGCUCAGCUGUCAGAGAGCAAGAAGAAGCUGGAGGAUGAUGUUGGAACAAUAGAGACUCUGGAGGAGACGAAGAAGAAGCUGCAGAAGGACCUGGAGCUGACCAGCCAGCGUCUGGAAGAGAAGACCAUCGGGUUUGAAAAGAUGGAGAAGACAAAGACCCGUCUGCAGCAGGAGUUGGAUGAUCUAACUGUAGACUUGGAUCACCAGAGACAGAUCGUCUCCAACCUGGAGAAGAAACAGAAGAAGUUUGACCAGAUGCUGGCUGAGGAGAAGAGCAUCUCAGCUCGUUACGCUGAAGAGCGUGACCGUGCUGAAGCUGAAGCCAGGGAAAAGGAGACCAAAGCUCUGUCACUGACCAGAGCUCUGGACGAGGCUCUGGAGGCCAAAGAGGAGCUGGAGAGGGUUAACAAGCAGCUCCGUGCUGAAAUGGAAGAUCUGAUGAGCUCCAAGGACGACGUGGGCAAGAAUGUCCACGAGCUGGAGAAGUCCAAGCGUACUCUGGAGCAGCAACUGGAGGAGAUGAAGACUCAGCUGGAAGAGCUGGAGGACGAGCUGCAGGCCACAGAGGAUGCCAAGCUGCGUCUGGAGGUCAACAUGCAGGCCAUGAAGGCUCAGUAUGAGAGAGACCUUCAGGGCCGGGACGACCAGAACGAUGAGAAGAAGAGGGCACUGGUCAAGCAGGUGCGAGAAAUGGAGGCAGAGUUGGAGGAUGAGAGGAAGCAGAGAGGUUUGGCUGUAGCUGCUAAAAAGAAGUUGGAGAUGGAUUUGAAGGAUAUAGAGAGUCACAUAGAGGGAGCCAACAAGGCUCGAGACGAAGCCAUCAAACAGCUGCGCAAGUUACAGGCCCAAAUGAAGGACUACCAGCGGGAGUUGGAAGAUGCCCGAGCUUCUAGAGAUGAUAUUUUCGCCAUAUCCAAGGAAAAUGAGAAGAAGUUGAAAAGUCUAGAGGCCGAGAUUGUACAGCUACAUGAGGACCUGGCAGCAUCUGAGAGGGGACGGCGCCACGCGGAGCAGGAACGGGAUGAGCUGCAAGAUGAAAUCUCAAACAGCACCUCUGGAAAGUCUGCUCUGAUGGAUGAGAAGAGGAGGCUGGAGGCUCGCAUUGCUCAACUGGAGGAAGAGCUGGAGGAGGAGCAGGGUAACAUGGAGCUGCUCAACGACCGCUUCAGGAAGACAACUAUGCAGGUGGACACCCUGGCUACAGAGUUGAGUGCGGAGCGCAGCACCGCCCAGAAGAGUGAAAAUGCUCGUCAGCAAUUGGAGCGUCAAAACAAGGAGCUGCGGGCCAAGCUGGGCGAGCUGGAGGGUUCUGUGAAGAGCAGGUUCAGGGCCUCCAUCACUGCCCUGGAGGCCAAGAUAGCACAGCUGGAGGAACAGCUGGAGCAGGAAGCCAAGGAGCGAGCAGCAGCCAACAAGAUUGUGAGAAGGACCGAGAAGAAGCUGAAAGAAAUAUGCAUGCAAGUAGAGGAUGAGCGUCGCCAUGCCGACCAGUUUAAAGAACAAGUGGAAAAGGCGAACUCUCGUAUGAAGCAGCUGAAGCGUCAGCUGGAGGAGGCUGAGGAGGAGGCCACGAGGGCCAACGCCUCACGCAGGAAGCUGCAGAGAGAGCUGGAUGACGCCACCGAGGCCAGUGAGGGUCUGAGCCGCGAGGUUCACACACUCAAGAACCGCCUCAGGCGCGGCGGCCCCAUCAGCUUCUCCUCCACCCGCUCGGGCAGACGUCAGCUUCAGGUGGAGGGAACCUCCUCCUUGGACCUCCUGUCCGAUGACGAGCUGGAAAACAAGAUCACUGACAACAAUGCCAAUGAGACACCAGCGCCCCAGCCGGAGUAGAAGAGAAAAAGCCUUAACUUUUGCUCUCCCAUCUACGUAUCACCUCUCAGCCGCAACAAGAAAAACUUAGGGUCACCCGGCUUGAAUAGGGGCCCUCUAGCCCAUGUCUGGGUAGAUCUGUUCUCUCCAAACAAAUGCAGCAUGAUCUAAGCAAGAAAAGAAAUUCCCGACAUUACUUCUCAACCCUAAACCUUAGCAGACACCAGCAGUUGGACCCCCAACGCUCUCUUUACCGGCCCACUUAAGGUUGUAAGAAGCACUUAUCUGCCUUACCCCUCCUUGUCAAGCUGCAGGGCUGUUCAGUAGCAACUACCAUAACGUGCUGAGUAACCUGAAUGAGACGUAAGCUGCAUCACAGAUAGAAGUGGUUUUCCUUCAUAAAUUGCACAUGUGCAUAUGUUUUCAACUAAAAAGCCCCCUAAUCCAUUUGUGCACAAAUUACAAACACAUAAACCUUCUGAUUGAGUUCUGCUCGUAAUCCAGUGAGUGCACACAUCUGGAUGAUCAUUAUCCUCUGUUGGACCAGUGUUUAGCUGUUUAAAAUGCUUCCAAAUGCUAAAAUAAUAGCAUUGCAAUAUUUGAAAUGAACAGAUCAUGAUGAAAGCAACAACCCUUUGACUCCAUUUUUUUUAUCAGUCUACAAUAUUCAGUAUGUCCAUCAUAUGCAUCAGUUUAGUUAUAUUAGUUCAACUGUAACUAAAUAGUAUUUUUCCAGUCCUGUGCUAGGAUUCUUUGCUUGCAUAUGAAUAUAGAAAUGUGACUGUAAGCUGCCUUGUUUCCUCAGUGCUACAAAACUUUGCUCUUUGACAGUAUUGGUUUAUGUUUGACAGUAGGUCAGUGUUGACUUGUAAUUAUUCGCUGUGAGUGCUAAAAGCAGCAACCACACGCAUGUUCUUUUGCUUACUUCUUCUUCUUCUUCUUCUGUGCCUUUUUUCGCUCCCUCGAAACUCAAAACCCAUAUAUGCCACAUAUACUGUUCGUAUAUUGAACCAUGCCUAAUUUCAUGAAGGUAUUUUCAUAAGAUAUUCAUAAAUUUGCAUAUGUAAUAAGAUAUUAUUGGGAAACUGAUUUUCUUUCAUUUGUAUGUCCUGCUACAGCUUUUAUGUUACAACAGUGAGUGGUUUGUGGAACCGUGCGGGAUUCUUUGUAGAUGGGUGCUAUGACUUUUCUUAUUGAUAACUUUUAUACUUUUUGAGUUAUUAAUAUUUAAAAACAAUCCAAUAGACAGCAACUGUAUUUAUAUCUCUGCUGUUGUGUACCGUACAAACACCAUCCAUAUUUCAGAAUGCUCAGUAUUGCACAUCGAUCAACUGUACCGAUGCUCAUUAUCAUGAUAUGUACAGUUUAUGAGUUAUUAGGAGCUAUAUAAUACAUUAAAGUCUAAGGAGCCCAGUUUACUCA